AUGAGUUCAGCAAAACAUUUGGUGCUGGAUAGCACUUACACGGGUAGCUAUUUUUCUCUUCUUUAUUUUGUGACAACAAAUCUGUUAGUUCCAUUUAAGCUUUAAAAGCUAAUUCCUUUCGAUGCCGUUAAUGGAUUUUUUUUACACUGGUAUAAAUGUAUUUCUGUGUGGCAGUAAAUAUUGAUUGUAAGCAUUAAGUGUGAGUUUCAAGAGCAGUUUAGACGUGUUAUUUAGUAAGCUGAUUUAGAUAUUAUUUGGAUUUUCGGAAAUGCACGUUAGUGUUUGAAGAAUUUCAAGAAAAUAAGAAAAAUAGCAUGAAUUGCCUGAUAGAGUUUAGAUACACUUUUGAGAAAUCUAUAUAAAAUACUGGAUAAUUUUCAAUGGAUCUUCGUACAAAAUCGAUAAGUUCUUAACCAUAUUAUAUCUCAUGUGCAAUUUCUUAAUUUCGAAUUCUGAUUUAGCUUUCAGCAAUAAAAAAAAUCGAGUUCUGACGUUUCGAGAAUAUUUAUCAUCAGAAAACUGAUAAAUUUUUAAACGUUUAUUGGCAAUAUCAAAAUUUUUGAUAUCGGAACUUCAAUUGAUUGGUAUAAUGUGGAACAAUAAAGUUCAACUCAUAGUUUAUUUGUGCUAUUUAACAGCAAUUUUUGUUGAUGUUUUACAAGCAGAAUUAAAUCGGAAUUCUACAUUAACGCGUUACAGAAGAAAUCUGGAGUUAGAGGAUGUUCCAGAGGCAUGUGAUUUCGGAUCUAUCGUAGAACUGACAACUUGUUACUGGAGCGUUCCACAGAAUAUCAGCAAAGGAAAAAUUCACUGGAAAUCGGGUAUGGGAGCAGCUGCUUAUUGGAUCGGCGGACCAAGAGCUGACCAUACGGAAGGAGAUAAGAACAGCGGCUAUGUCUUCUAUGAAACUUCAGAGCUUUCCAGUUUUGUGGAACUACCCAAAUCUGAAUUCACGUCCAAUCAGUUGUUGGGACCGCUGUAUAAUCACACGGGUCCUUCUGGGCUUUGUCUUUCCUUUUUCUAUAACAUCGCUGGAUUAAGUGCCAAAUCUUUGAGGGUGAAGCUCAGGAACGCUCUCAAUCAAGACACUAUUCUUUGGGAGAGCAAAGAUAAUUCAGAUGGUAUUUGGCAUCAGGGAGAAGUCGCAUUCAGCUAUGGAGAGAAGUAUCGCAUCUUGUUUGAAGCGCUUCCGACCAACCAAUCAUAUAAAAAGCUCACGUACAGAGGCUAUGUUGCUUUAGACGACGUGAAAUUCGAUCGUAUUCCGAACAGCGAGGUGUGCAUAGGCCACUGCACAUUUGAAGGUGGUUUCUGCGAUUGGAAAAACAUGGAUGAGGACGAUUUCGAUUGGGAACUUGGAAGAGGAAGUAGUAGUUUUCUCACUGGUCCACCGAGGGACUAUGCCAGUUACGGAAAAAAUGAGCAAACUGGUGGUUUUGCCUACAUCAAUACGGCUUAUCCUCGACGUCCGGGUGAUACAGCAAUGUUGCGCAGUCCCAGUUUUCCGACAACGGGUGACAAUAGCCCCGUGUGCAUGAGAUUCGCCACAUACAUGUUCGGGAACGGAGUGGGAAUCCUCAGGUUGGUGCUGAAGAACGAAGACGAGAGUGACAAGACGGUGUGGGAGAUGUCUGGACCCUCUGGCAACAGCUGGCACAAAGCACAAGUUACGCUGUCCUCGCUCAGCCCUUUCCAGCUGUUACUGAUUGCUAUCGUAGGCAAUCAAUUCGGAAAUAUUGCAGUAGACGACAUUUCUUUCAAACCGGGUCCAUGCCCUGUUGUUCCUCAAACGGCGGCCAAAGAUAAUGGGGAUUGUAGUUUCGAAGAGAAUAUGUGCAAUUGGAGUAAUCCGGCUCCGCAAGAUGAACUUGACGAUGUUGAUUGGGCUCGACAGUAUUAUUAUGAUCAGAGUGGACCUCCAAAUGACCACACUAGAGGAGACGCAAAAGGCUACUACAUGAACUUGCUUACCAACACACCCCUGCUUUUGAAAGGAGGGACUAGAGGGUGGUUAGUCAGUUCCCGUUUCCAACCCACAGCUAAUCCAAAAUGUGUUUCAUUCCAUUACUGGAUGUACGAGAGGCUCAUUGAUCCUGCAGGGCUCAGCUUGGGCAGUCUCAGAGUUUUCGUUCGUCUCAUAAAACCAGGAAAACCCUUGUCACCUCUGUGGCGACUGUACAACCACCAGGGACAAAGAUGGUUUCCUGCAAGAGCACCGAUUGUUACAACCCCCGAAAGAGCACCUCCCCAGACAUCUUACGAAAUCAUUUUUGAAGGCGUAUGGGGGGAAGGGCGUGUUGGGAACAUAGCCAUUGAUGACAUCACAUUCUUCGAUGGGGACUGUACGACUGAACCUUUGGGUGCAGCAGCUGUCCUUGGCGAAUGCUUUUUCGAAAGGGAUAUGUGUGGUUGGAAAUCUCUGUCGGAGUUUGAUGAUGACGCAUCGACAAUUGCACCUACCACAGAACCUAAAACGACAAACACAGUGGAAGAAAGUCUUUGGAAGAUGGCUCGCGCAGAUUAUAAACCAGCCGGAUUGUUGGAUCAUACAUUCCGUUCCCCGGUAGGAUAUAUUUUCUUCGAUGUCUUUCACAAGACGGCAAUGCAGCGUCCAAAGUUAAGAAGCCCUUUGUUAGAACUCAGCUUCAGCGGAGUUCGUUGCCUGGGAUUUUGGUUUGUAGCAUUUGGAAGAAGUGAUGCCACAGCUUUAGAGGUUGUUUUGCUAGACAUGUCGGAUCCAGAAAGCAUAAAGAGAACAGUUAUUUGGCGAUUAGAAGCCAGGAAUUUCGCCAAUUCAAGCAGAACAGAUUGGAGUUAUGCUCAAGUAAGUGUAGAAGCCAAGGGAGAUUACCUGUUGCAUUUCGAGGGAGAAUCAUCCGACGGUGGAUUCGCUCUGGAUGAUGUUACUUUCUUCGAUGGUAGUUGUCAUACGAGACCUCCAGCAGCUGUUGGAAAAGGAUAGCAGGAAUUUUUGCACAAUUCCUGUCGCUUCACUAGCCUCAACUUUAGAGUAUUUUUUGCUUGUACGUUUGCUCAGAACUCCGCAUUUUGGUUCAUUUUUUACUCGUGGUAACUUAAAUGAAAAUAAUCGCAUCAAUGUUAUCUAACAGCACAUAAUCAUACAAAAAUGUUAAAUAGAAUGAUGCCAAGAAAUGCUGAGUAGAUAUUGAAUCGAUGAUCUCUUCUACAAUCAAACUGCAAUCAAUUACACAAUCAAGAAAACAAAGAAACUGUGGUUUAAAUAAUGGAUCUGAAGCCUCUUGCGCAUGAAAAUAGUUUUUCUGGAGAUGCUUAACUGUUUCCCGUUUCAUUAGGUAUGUCAAAUCUCCCCACUGAAAUCCCCAUCACGAGAAUAAAUGAAUUACAAACGAGGCAUUUUUAGAAGUAACAAACAGUUUUAAUACAUGAUACUAAAGUGGCAAUUGUAAGUCCUUUAAAGAUUAAAUAAUCGUUUGACAUUCAUUUAGAACUUAUUUUUUUAUAUUUUCAUUUAAUUAUGCGCUAUCACGACGAGUGAACACAAAGUGUCCUAUUCACUUGCACAGCGAAUAAUCCUGAAAUUUUUAACGAAUGUAAAUACCAAGCCUUAUGAAUUUGGUCCAAAUUGUAUAUCCAGCUUGCUAAAGUACAUAAGGAAUACUCGAGCAUCUUCCUUAUGUUUCAGAUGAGCAUAUUCGUGGUAUCAUGUUUUAGGAUCUCUCAAAGAAGAGUCUGGAUGAGAAAGACUUUCGCCGGAUUAAGAAAUACUAAAAUAUUCGUACAAUUAGCUUUGUACAGGUCCAAAUCCAUUUUAUAACAGAA